AUGCGGCACGGAUUGUGGGGAUUGAAGAAUGUACUAGGUGCUCUAGUCGUUGCUGCCACAAAAAAUGAUCGACAUGGUGCUCUGGUAAAUGGAUUGGAGGACUUGAGACUCCUGUACCUGGACCUCAAAUGGGGAAAGAAUAUGCAGAGAUGUACUUUUGGCGAUUUUCAGGGAGCAUUGGAAGAAAGAGGGCAUGUGGGACCUCUGGAGACAAGACAAAAAGCACGAGCAGAACGCAAUGCUGGUAUGGCUUCAAACGAUGUCGGGCAAUGGGCUUCGAAGCAAGCUGAGUUUCAAGAUCAGUUCCCAAAGGAAAAAGGAACUCGAAAGGGUGCCGAAGGAUCACAAUCGCUCUCUCACAUACUACAUGUCUCUCGGGCUCCCUUUUCUGCACCAAGUGCAUCAGCAGAUCAGGCGAGACGGUGGCGUGAUCGUGAGGGGCAAGUAUCUGGCCCUGCCAUAUCGCUUCCUCACCGGAUUGCGGGAAACGUGGAACGAUAUGGAUAG